CACAAAUUAAAGAUUAUCUUUGUCUAGGACAGAUAAAUCCAUUUGCAUAUCAUUUAUACAUAUAACAGCUAUCAUGUUAGCCUUAUCACGUGUGGGAUUAUCCUCCAGAGCUGCCGUCAGACCAGCCAUGCUUAUCCGUGGUUUUAAGACUAUUCCGCAACCUCCGGGACAUAUUGUUGGAACUGUCAAUGAUGCCUACGUUCCCCCACCACCUUCCAAGAGUGCUGGAUCUUACCAUUGGACCUCCGAAAGAAUCGUUGCUGUCGGUAUGGUUCCUCUUGUGUUGGCACCAUUCCUUACUGGAACCCUGUCAGUUCUCGACUCAUCAUUAGCAGCUGCUCUUUUGUACCAUUGUCAUGCCGGAUUCCAAUCUUGUAUCAUUGAUUAUAUUCCAAAGAGAGUCUACGGCCCUUACCACAACUAUGCCGUUUACUUGUUGACCUUUGGUACCGGUGUUGCCGGUUACGGUUUGUACGAGAUCGAGAGCAAGGAGGAGACCGGUCUCUCCACUAUUCUUUCCAAGCUCUGGAACGCUUAAGUUGGGUCCACCAGGUGG